CACUAAGUGAUUCCACAGUUAUAAAGGCAUAGCGAGAAGAGUUUAGGGAGAUAGUACAGUACCGUAAUCCAAUUAGCGACAAAUUUACUGAGACCAUAUACCACCCUGAGAAAAAGUUGCCUAACUAUAAGUUAGCUCACUAAGCAGGAAGAAGCAUUACCACACUUAGUAAUAAACAACUAAAUCACUAACCAAUCAAUAGUAUAGUGUAGUAUACUAUAGUAUUUUACAGUACAGUGCACAGAUGUCCCAUAAAAGUCACCUGUCAAGUGAUCGGGAGGAUCCAGACCUCUACUUGGCCAAUGCCGGUCCAAGGUAUGAAGACACGCAGGAUGAUGAGUCAGAAGCUCUAAGACGAUUAUCGGAACAGGCUCAAAGAAGACGAGGCAGUAACAGGCCCAGUGACGAUAGUUUCUACGACGAGGAUAUUGCGUAUGAGGACGAAGAAGUGGAUGAAGAUGAGGAUGGGGUUGAGCAUAUUGAAGAGGAAGAGGACGAAGAGGACGAAGAGGAUGAAGAAGAAGAGGACGAAGAUGAAGAAGAUGAAGAAGACGAAGACAAUAUCGAACCUGCGGAGUUUCUAAGAAGAAUCAUGGAUGCAGGCCAAGCACAGAACUUUGGUAUCCAUGGAGCAGACCAUGAAGAUGCGGAAGAGGAAGUGGAUAGAGAUGAAGAUGAUGAGGAUGAUGGCGACGAAGAUGAUCCUAGACACGAAUUAUUGAGAGCCCUUGGAUCCCUUCCCCGCGUAGCCACCAAUGCUCGAGGAGACAAUAAUGGAGAUAGAGCUCAAGGAUUUGUGGAUGCAGUUCAACGAUUAAUGGGAGGAGGAAUUAUAUUUGGAGGUGGAAUGAAUCGAGACAAUCUGGAAAUGGAAGCAUUAAUCAAUAAUUUAAAUCAACGAGGCGAUACAUACAUUAUUCUUGAGACACUUAAUGAAUUAUCUGAACGAUUAUUAAUGAUGAAUGGGAUUACAGCAGAAAGACUUAUCCCUGCCAAUAAAUUAGCCAAGAGUUUAGUUAAUAUUAUGACAGAUCCAGUAUUAGCACAAGAAUUAGAAUUACAAUUAGUGGCUUGUCGAUGUCUCUAUAAUUUUCUUGAAGUUAAUCAAGAUUUUAUUCAUGAAGCUUUAAAUAAUCAUGCCAUAGAAGCAUUAUGUAGUAAAUUAUUAGAAAUCACAUAUAUUGAUUUGACAGAACAAGCACUUCAAACACUUGAAAUGAUUUCUAGAGAUACUAUAUCUCAUAAUAGUAUUAUAGCUCAUGAUGGUUUAAGAGCUUGUCUAUUAUAUUUGGAUUUUUUAACCAUUCAUGCUCAACGCAAAUGUUUAUCCAUUGUAUCUAAUUCUUGUACGAAUAUUUCUAUAUCGAAUUUCGUUAAGGUUAGAGAUAUUAUUGAUAAUAUAGCACAAGUAGUUGAGAAUCAUUCCGAUCCUGUGGUGGUAGAGAAUGCGUGGUUAACUAUCUCACGAAUCAUUAUUAGUUUUAAGUCAAAGCAAGAUUUAUUAGAAGAAUUGUUUCUGAAUAAAGGAGCCUUAUUGAAAAGUCUUAGUCAAACGAUUUAUUUCAGUUGUAAUAAGUCGAUGAAUUCUGUUUCCGAUACAGAAUCUUCUAAAGUGGCAUUAAAUUAUAGUUCAUGUUUAAGUUUAAUACGAUCCUUAAUUAUAUUAAGUAGUAUUAGUGUGGAUAUCUCUAGAAUCUUAAUUGAAGAUUGUUCAAUUGGAGAAAUCAUUAUUCAUUCCCUUAAUAAGUAUUCCAAAUCAAAACCUAAUCAACUGAUAGAUUCAAUGGAUCCUGUAGUAGUGGAGGUGGCUCUGAUAUCUAUUGAAGCAUUAAUGGCAGCUCCAAAGGAGAUUCUUUCUCAAUUCUUAAAUCUAAUUGGUUAUUUACUUCCUAUAAGUUAUUCAUCUAAAGAUACUCCCUUUUUAAAUGAAGGUUAUGAAUAUUUAGAUGAACGAGCUAAACUUAAUCAAGCUAGAAUAACUUUAAGUAAUGAGAUUAUUCCCGAUAAGUAUCAUGAAUUUGUUAAGGAUGUAUUUCCUUUAUUAAUUACUAGUUUCCAAGCAACUAUGGAUUAUGAAAUUAGACGGAAAGUGUUAAUUAAUUUAUAUCGUAUAGCCACUUCGAGUUAUAAAGCUCAAUUUACUGCAGCACAAGUAGAUGCUAUAUCGAAUCUUUUGGCUUCGGUAGCCAAUCAUUCGAAGGGAAUCAUUGCGAGUGAGUUCUCAUCUGUAGAAGCAAUUGAACCAGAUGGUCAAGAGGAUGUUGAUAUGGAGAGAGAGUCAGUUGUAAAUGAGGAGGCAGACAUUGAAGAAGAAGAGGACGAUGAAGAGGAAGAGGAUGAAGAAGAAGAGGACGAUGAAGAUGAAGAAGAAGAGGAGGAAGAAGAAGAAGAAGAAGAAGAAGAGGAGGAGGAAGAGGAAGAGGAAACUCGCAAUCCAACAACCCAGCUCUACUUCCGCAAGUCAUCUGCCCACGACAGCACUAAGCUCAACUCCAACGUACUUCUUCUCGAAUCACUCAUCAUCGCCAAGACACUCUUGGAACUCAAUCCAGUAACGUUUACUCAGGCGUUUGAAAGAGAAGGACUUUUAAAUGAUACCUUUAGUAUUCUUCAAAGUCUUAAGGGGAAAGUCAAUGCACCCAAAGCAGAAAGUACUCGUAUGCAUUCAUAUUCUUCCAGUUAUACCAAUAAGUUUAUUGAUGUAGAAUUCACUCGAGAUUAUGAGAUUGAAUUAUCAGCUGAUAAGAUCUUUAGUCAUAUUGAAAGUAUUUGUCUUUCAAUAGAAACUCUCUAUCAUCAUGCCAAAUUCAAUAUCACUUAUGAUAGUGUACCGGAACAUAUGAAGGCAGUAGAAUCUAUUGUGACUACUUUACAAGAUCAAAAAUUAAUCAAGACUUUCUCUUUGGAUAUUUGGAAGGAACUCUGGGAAAAGUUAUAUUCUGCUCUUGAUAAUGCUGAACAAAUCUCAAGUUUUGAAUUAAUAUCUUCAGGAAUUAUUGAUUCACUUGCACAUAUAUUCACAUCGGAUAAUUAUGAUUUUGGUUAUGAAUAUAAUGAUUGUUAUAAAGCAUUUAUAGGAGUAUUCUUUGGAGAUCGUAUGAAGGGAGGUGCCCAAUUCUUAGUAUGUAAAUUACAAGAAGCUUUAACUCGAUGUGAAUCAUUUGAAAUCAUUUCUGCAGGUACAACCCCAACUACCACUACAACAGGUUCAGUAUUUCAUAAUGAAAAUCAAACCUCAGUUAUGGCUAAACAAAUUAAAUUGAAAUUAUCUUCUGAUGAUGAAGGUGAUAAGAAAUUACCUCCAAGUAUGCAAAGUAUGAUAUUAUCAGUUCAUGCUAUAGCUACUUUUAAAUCUGUUGAUGCAUUCUUAAAGCAAAGAAUUAAAUUUGUAGAAGAUUUAAAUGAUUUAGGAUUAAGGGGUCCUGCUUCUAUGCUUGAAGAGUUAGCUCAUCCUGAAGAAAGUAGAAAGAAUCAAGUUAAUUUGGAAUUUCUCCUUAAUGAUGAAGUAAUUCCUAAUGAAAUCACUAUCUAUGGAGCCAUCUAUCGAUCCUUACAAACUAGACCCGAUGAAAUCAUUGACCCUCUGAGAAUUUGGACUAGUAUUCAUAAUAUAAAGUAUAGAAAAAUCAGUUCUGAAGUAUCAAAAGAGAGUAAACCUAUAACUUAUAAUUUUAAUGUUAGUGAGAAUGAAUUAGAACUGUAUGAUAAAACUACCAUUAGUAUAUUAAAAUUAUUAAAAGUACUUUUUGAAAUGAAUACUCUUGUUAGAAAUAAUAUUUCUGGUGGUAAUGUUAUUAGAGAAAGUGAAUUUAUGAAUUGGAAAUUAACAGUUAAAUUAAAUCGUCAAUUAGAAGAACCUUUAGUAGUGGCCAGUGGAACUUUACCAGGUUGGAGUAUUCAUGUAACUAAACAAUUUCCAUUUUUAUUCCCAUUAGAAACUCGAAUCUUUUUCUUACAAUCUACAUCAUUUGGUUAUUCUCGACUUAUUCAUCAUUGGCAAGUUAAAACUAAUCAAGCUAUUGAAGAGAAUAAUCAUCAUAAUAAUUCUAAUCAAGCCGUGCAAUUAGGUAGACCUACUAGAAGAAAAGUAAGAAUUUCAAGAAAAAUGAUAUUACAAAGUGCUGUAAAAGUUCUUGGACUUUAUGGUUCAACUCCAGGAAUAUUAGAAAUUGAAUACUUUGAUGAAGUAGGAUCAGGUUUAGGUCCAACAUUAGAAUUUUAUGCUACUAUUUCUAAGGAAUUCUCUAAAAAAAUGUUAAAAUUAUGGCGAGAUGAUGGUUCUGAUGAUCAUAAUGAAUAUAUUACUAAUAAACAAGGAUUAUUUCCUUGUCCAAUGGAUAAAGCUCAAUUAAAUAGUGAAAAUGGUCGGAAAGUACUUUAUUUCUUUUCUUCAUUAGGUAAAUUUAUUGCUCGAGCUUUAUUAGAUUCUCGAAUAAUUGAUUUUAAUUUUAAUUCAACAUUUUUAAAAUUAGUACAAACAUUUAAUUUCCAUGGAGCUCAAAAAUCCAAUUCUCGGAAUUUAAAGAAAAUGGCUAAUUUAGCUACUUUAAGACUUGUUGAUAAUGAUUUAGCUAAUUCAUUAGAUCAUCUUUUAAAGUAUGUUAAUAGUACUAAACUUGAAGAUUUACUGAUUUAUUUUGAAUUACCUGGUUAUCCUGAUUAUGAAUUAAUUCCUGGUGGUAAAGAUAUUCCUGUAGAUGCAUCUAAUGUAGAAUUAUAUGUAUCUAAAGUUCUUGAAGCAACUCUUUAUAGUGGAAUUAUUCAUCAAACUAAAGCAUUUAUGGAUGGAUUUUCAAAAGUAUUUCCUAUAAAUUCAUUAAUCUUAUUUUCUCCAAUUGAAUUAGCAGGAUUAUUUGGUAAUGCAGAAGAAGAUUGGUCAGUAGAUACUUUAACUUCAGCAGUUAAUGCUAAUCAUGGUUAUAAUAAAGAAUCAGAAGCUAUAAAAUCAUUAAUUAGUAUUCUUGUGGAAUUUACUCCUGAUCAACGAAGAGUAUUUCUCCAAUUCUUAACUGGAUCUCCUAAAUUACCUAUUGGAGGUUUCAAAGCUCUUAGACCAGAAUUAACGGUGGUUAGAAAACAUGGUGAAGGCGGAUUAAAAGAUGAUGAUUAUUUACCGAGUGUAAUGACUUGUGCUAAUUACUUGAAGUUACCUAAAUAUUCUUCGAGAGAUUUAAUGAAGAGUCGAUUAUUGCAGGCCAUCAAUGAAGGGGCUGGAGCUUUCUUAUUGUCUUAGGGGUUGUAUAUAGAGUUAUAGUUGUAAUGUAUUUGUAAGUAAACCUACCAAAUAGUAAUAGGAAUUAACAC